AUGGAAAACUAAACAUUAUUUUAUUAAUCCUUCAAAGAAACAUCCCAUAAUAAAAAACAAAAAAAUGAUGAUAAAGCAGAUUAGAAUGACUUAACAUAAAAGAAAGAUGACUAGAUUGCCAAAGUAAACAAAAAUAAAAACAAAAAUCGUUGUGGUACAAUGCCUAUUUCAUUUUUACUGAGUAAAUUUAUUUCCACAGAAAGUAACUUGGUUUUAGUUGGAGAUAUUUUGUUAGAAAUAUUUCAUAAAGAAGAAGACGAUAUAGAUUAAUUGCUAAGACAGGCUUCGCUACUUUAGGAUAAAAAAUAUGUGAACAACAUCACUUACUUCAAAAAUAAAAAUAUAAUCCAAGUUUCACAUAACAAUAAAAUUUAGGGUUGUUGUGACUUUUAGAAUAUCAUAUAAGUUUUAUUGUAAAGUUAGAAUUAAAAUAAUAUGGUUUUGGCUGAAGAACUAUAAAAAUAUUGGUAUCAUAUCUUUACUGUAGAAUUACUUUACAAAUCCCUAAUAUAAAAUAGAGGAUUCGAAUACUUGAAUGAGAUUUAGCAAAGCUUUUAUAGUUAAAAUAUAGAUAGAUUUUUAUCUUAAAAUAAUUUGGAAGAAUGUCAUGCUUAUUUUUGCAUUUCUUUACUUGAAAAAAAUGAAUUAGGAAUACCAUUAAAUGUAUAAUAUGGAAUAAGUGAGAGUCUUUGUGCGAUAUUGGGUUGUGGGCCUAAUGAAAUGUUAGAAUUGCUGUCAAAAACUAUGCACAUUAACUUAUUUUUAGGCAGAGAAUAUAUGCCUUACACAAACUUGCAAGUUUUAGACGCCAUAAGAUUUAAUUAGUAGUUUUAUCUAUUGAGUGAGGUCUAAUAAUGGGAAUCUGAGGGUAAAAUGUAUACUCUUGAUGGAAUAUUUAUCAAAUUUAAUGUAAAAGCUACUCAACUACUUUGCAAAGUAGACGGAUAUAAUAUAGCUGCUUUUGUUUAAACAGAGUUUAUCUUAGAUUCUACGUAGAUCCAAAAUAUAAUCUAAAUAAGGUAAUCUAAAUAUAAUUACUAUAACUCAAGAAAUAUUCUUGAUUUUUUGAUUACUGAUAACUUUUCCAACCAACUAGGCUUAAAAUUUUUCAAUUACAUUACUGAUAAAAAUAAUUUUAAACCUCCCUCCUCUCAAGAUAUAUAUCCUCAUAGAACAUGCAAAUAUAGAUAAAUAGAAGUUUAAAAAAGUAUUAAAGAUGAGUGA